UGUGUGGGGUGGUACGCAUGCGGACUCAGGGAGCCUGCGGAAUGAAGCGCUUCAGAGGCGCGUGUCUGUGGCACAGUGCGCUUGGAGCAGCUGAAGCGCAGUGUUACAAUGAGCUUCUCCAUCCCACCGGCUGAUACCCACCCACACUGCCGUCCUCCGAUAAGCAGCAUUAAAGCCGUCCACCACCGUGACCACCACCGACUGGCCCCAGGAUGCCCGGGGGAAAGAGAGGGCUCGUUGCACCGCAGAAUACUUUUUUGGAAAACAUUGUCCGGCGCUCAAGUGAGACUAGCUUCCUCCUGGGAAAUGCCCAGAUCGUGGAGUGGCCUGUAGUCUACAGUAAUGACGGAUUCUGCAAGCUCUCAGGGUUUCACAGGGCUGAGGUUAUGCAGAAGAGCAGCACUUGCAGUUUUAUGUAUGGAGAGCUGACGGACAAGAAGACAAUUGACAAAAUCAGAGAGACAUUUGAUAAUUAUGAGUCCAACUGCUUUGAAGUCCUACUAUACAGAAAAAACAGGGCACCAGUGUGGUUCUACAUGCAGGUUGCCCCCAUCAGAAAUGAAAAUGACAAAGUGGUUCUCUUCCUGUGCACCUUCAAAGACAUAACUGUCUUCAAGCAGCCGAUCGAGGACGAGACCAAUAAGGGUAAGGACGAGUCCAGUUCGGGAUGGACCAAGUUGGCACGACUGACCCGAGCUCUGACGCACAAUAACCGCAACACCAGUCACCAUACCACACUACAGCAGCUCACUCCUAUGAGCAGCCAUGAGGUCAGCCAACCCAAGCAGUCCCGUCUGGCCGAGGUUCUCCAGCUAGGCUCGGACAUCCUCCCCCAGUACAAGCAGGAGGCUCCCAAGACUCCGCCCCACAUCAUCCUUCACUACUGCACCUUCAAGACCACCUGGGACUGGGUGAUCCUCAUCCUCACCUUCUACACAGCCAUCAUGGUGCCAUAUAACGUGUCCUUUAAGACCAAACAGAACAACAUUGUGUGGCUGGUGCUGGACAGUGUGGUGGAUGUCAUCUUCCUGGUGGACAUUGUGCUCAACUUCCACACCACCUUCGUAGGGCCCGGUGGAGAGGUCAUCUCCGACCCGAAGCUGAUUAGGAUGAACUACCUGAAGACCUGGUUUGUCAUCGACCUGCUGUCCUGCCUCCCCUAUGACAUCAUCAACGCAUUUGAGAAUGUCGAUGAGGGAAUCAGCAGCCUGUUCAGCUCUCUGAAGGUGGUGCGCCUGCUGCGCCUUGGUCGGGUGGCUCGUAAGCUGGAUCACUACCUGGAGUAUGGAGCAGCGGUACUGGUCCUACUGGUUUGUGUGUUCGGCCUGGUAGCCCACUGGCUGGCUUGUAUCUGGUACAGCAUUGGAGACUACGAGGUCAUUGAUGAAGUCACCAACACCAUCAAGACGGACAGCUGGCUCUACCAGUUGGCCAUCACCAUCGGCUCGCCUUACCGCUUCAAUGCCAGUGGUUCUGGACAAUGGGAAGGUGGUCCUGGGAAAGACUCUCUGUACAUCACCUCUCUGUACUUCACAAUGACCAGCCUGACCACCAUUGGUUUUGGCAACAUUGCCCCCACCACGGACGGAGAGAAGAUCUUCUCUGUGGCCAUGAUGAUGGUGGGAUCUCUUCUGUAUGCCACCAUCUUUGGAAAUGUCACCACUAUCUUCCAGCAGAUGUAUGCUAACACCAACCGCUACCACGAGAUGCUGAACAAUGUGAGGGACUUCCUCAAGCUCUACCAGGUGCCCAAGGGGCUGAGUGAGAGGGUGAUGGACUACAUCGUUUCCACAUGGUCCAUGUCAAAGGGAAUUGACACCGAAAAGGUGCUGUCUAUCUGUCCUAAGGACAUGCGGGCAGACAUCUGUGUUCACCUGAACCGCAAGGUGUUCAAUGAACACCCAGCUUUCCGCCUGGCCAGUGACGGCUGCCUUCGUUCCCUAGCUGGAGAGUUCCAGACAAUCCACUGUGCCCCUGGGGAUCUGAUCUUCCAUGCUGGGGAAAGCGUGGACACCCUCUGCUUUGUGGUGUCAGGGUCACUGGAGGUCAUCCAGGAUGAUGAGGUCAUUGCCAUUCUAGGUAAAGGAGAUGUGUUUGGAGACGUGUUCUGGAAAGAGACCACUCUUGCACACGCCUGUGCUAACGUACGAGCACUGACAUACUGUGACCUGCACAUCAUCAAGAGAGAGGCACUGCUCAAGGUUUUGGAGUUCUACACAGCCUUCGCCAACUCCUUCUCACGUAACCUCAUCCUCACCUGCAACCUACGCAAGCGGGUAAUCUUCCGCAAGAUCAGUGAGGUAAAGAAGGAGGAGGAGGAGCGGCAGCGCCAGAAGAACGAGGUUCAGCUGACCAUCCCCCAGGACCACCCGGUCCGGAAGCUCUUCCAGAAGUUCAAGCAGCAGAAAGAGCUUCAGCGGAACCAGGCGGCGUCCUCCCAGCUGGACCUGGAGAAGAACCAAAUCCAGGUGGAGCACCACCUUCACCCCAUCCCCCGGAGCCUGCAGCUGUCCCACUCCAGCCUCCAGCACUCCCUGCCCCUCAGCAUCCAGCGGCCCGGGCCCCACACCGCCCUGCAGGGGCUCCAGAAUGGGGCUCCCCCGUCGGGCUGCAGCAGCGGUGUGCUCACCGUGUCCCAGGUCACGCCCAUGCACAACUCCCUGUCCUACUCUGCCGUUGGGCCGGGCCUUAAGCAGGACAACAGGGAGGUCCUGCAGCCCAGCGCUGCCCUGGGGGAGCCGCCUCCUGUCCGCCUCAAAGUGAGCAGCAGCCCUGCUCUGGCCAAGCCUCCUGCUGCCAGGGGUUGGGGGCGCCUCAAAAACAUGGCCGCCGCCCCACCGCCGGACGUCAGGAAGGAGGGGCUGAACAAUGUAGCUAAAGCCGUCUCGGUGGAGAUGCUCUCUCAGGAGGGCGGAGGUCAGGAGGUUCGAGGAGGAGAGGGGGAGGACAACCCUCUCCGUAAGACAGACUCCUGCGACAGUGGCAUCACUAAGAGUGAGCUGCGCAUCGACAGGGCCGGGGAGGCACGGAGCCCCCUCCAGCAGAGCCCCCUGCCACACCUCUUUGGCCCCAUCCCAGAGCAGGCCCUGCAGGCUGCGCUGCAGGAGACCCGACUGGAGCUCCGGGGUGACCUCCAGAUUCUGGGGGGGCGGAUAGGGGCCCUGGAGGCACAAGUGGCUCAGAUCCUUAAACUGCUGACCUCUACAGAGAAGAGAAGGCCGUCUCUACCUCUGGCCGCCACCCCCAAAACCAAAACCAAACGUCAGGACAUCUUCACUGUCUCAAGGCCCGUUUCUCCUGACUCAGUGGAUGACAGUGGACACGUCUAAAGAGGUCCCUCUUUGACAAACCUUAAGAUUUGCACAUAAACAUUGAAGUAAUGUCCAUUAUGUGACCUUUUUUAUUUGUAUGCAAAUACUUCUACGCAUGCCCAGCUGGAUUCUGGCUUGCCAAAGAUAUUAUCACUAUUUGAUUCUUGCCUGUAAUUUAUGCAGGUGACUGCAUGAACAUGUAUUUAAAGAGAACCACAAUUUUAUGAAUCUGCUCUACAUAUAUUAAUAUUUUUUAUGUUAUUGACAAUUUCAAAUGUUGACAUUCAGGGUAUGCAGAGAGGUAGCACUAUUAACCAGGAUUUAGCAGUUGCUGAAACAUUUCAUUGGUACUUGGUGAAAGGGAAAAUCUACAAUGUUUAGCAGGCACGGUGCCAAGAUGUUUUCUCUUGACCAAUACGUGGGGGUCUAGAAAAUAAAUUCUCAUGUUUCAGAGUUAUAAGGAAGUUCUCGUUUUUUAAAAUACUAAAAUGCUUAAGGGGGCACAACUGGAGCUACGUAGAUUUGUGACGUGGCUAUACACCCCCCCCCCCCCAGCCCCAGUGUAGCGCCGUGCCUGAUGUUUAGGUCUCCCCCACAGAACGACUAGGAGGUACAAGCAAAGCUAUUAUCUGGGCCUUCCUUGAUGAUAAGCAGGGCUGACUAGCCUUUUGGGGGAUCUAAGCAAAUUGGUUUUUGGGGGCCCUAAGUGACCGCUUAUGUCGCCUAUGCCUAGAACCAGCCCCGAUGAUAAGAAUGCCCAAUGCAAGUGGUAAAUUGAUAAUACUGACUGAACUACAAUUAUUGAGCACUGUCAUCAUAUGGGCACGAGUCGUUUUUUUCUCCCAAGCCUUGGUCAGUUCCAUUCAGUUGUUGCUACAUACAUUGAUCUAUAUUUUUGAUGAUCGACAUGUAAUGUAUACCCCUCUCACUGUCCAGUUUCCUGUAGACAAAGAUUAUUUUCUAACGUAUUUUAGCAUUGGAGUUGAAUCUCCUUUGGCCGGCUUCGCAGACACAGUGUAAGUGUAGUCGUCAGCGAAGACUGCCCCCUUGUGUCUAUGCAUCAUUUGAUACAUGUUCUGUGUCGACUGUAUGUUGCCAAGACGUUGAACGGCUGUUUUAGUGAAUGCUGCUGGAUGAACUAUAUGUGGCAGUAUGGCUUCUGGGACUUGAAGUUUAAUCCAUAUGAAUGUCCACACGGUCCCGACACAUGGCUCCAUCUCCACAGUGUCUAAUUAUAUGAUUUAGGAUUGGCUGGUUGAUAGCACUCUUAAAAGAUCAAACACAUUUUAGAAAAUGGAAAGCUCUGCUGCAUGCGUGUGCUGGGGUGCCUGCCUGCCUGUCAGCUCUCUCCCGGACCCCACUGACCUGCACUGCCGCCCUACAGGCUGGCCAUUGUAUCCACCACUGGAACUCUAUAGGCUGGCCAUUGUAUCCACCACUGGAACCCUACAGGCUGGCCAUUGUAUCCACCACUGGAACCCUACAGACUGGUCAUUGUAUCCACCACUGGAACCCUAUAGGCUGGCCAUUGUAUCCACCACUGGAACCCUAUAGGCUGGCCAUUGUAUCCACCACUGGAACCCUAUAGGCUGGCCAUUGUAUCCACCACUGGAACCCUAUAGGCUAGCCAUUGUAUCCACCACUGCAUCUCUACAGGCUGGCCAUUGUAUCCACCACUGCAGCCCUAUAGGCUGGCCAUUGUAUCCACCACUGCAGCCCUACAGGCUGGUCAUUGUUUAAAAUCCACCUCUUUGCUGCAGCUGCGCCAUUGGGACCCCGGAUCAGUUGCGGCACAGACGGAGUGGCCGGGCGUCCCAUGAAAGUGCUGUGCAAAUUGUCUCAGCACUGCCCGUGUGGGUUGGAGAGAUGUCAGACAGGGUUGUGUUGCCACGCUGGGCUCUAGUUGUGGUGGGUCGGGCAGCUGCAAGCUUCAAUUCUGGUUGUAAGCUUGAGAAGAGCUCCUCCAAUGGUGUGGUCCCCGGUCUACUUCCUGAUUUGCGUGAGCGGCGUGAUAAGAAGUAGAACGGAGGGGCGUGAUGUGCCUCCGAGGACGCAGGGCUGAUCUUUAGCUCCUGUCAGCCCACAGGGAGUUGCUAAGACAAGAUAAACCCAUAAUUGCCAGUAGGACACCACCACACGGUGAAGGUGUUCUGUCCAUUUCACCACCUUGUUCAUGGUUAAGACGUUCUGAGUAUUGCAAGCUAUGCAACCUGCUACUUUUCUGAUGUCUGAGAAACCAUUCUCACUUUCACUGGUACGCUCACAUCAGUCCUAUUUACCGUAUAGUGUGUAUGUGUCUGGCUUUGGUUCUCAGUCCACUGAAGGACACCUGCCUGGGUCUAGUCUUUCUACUACUGAAUGAUGCUGAGAUACAUUGGGAUGCAGCGGUUGCAUUCAGAAAAGGGAUUUGUGUAUAUAAGUCAUUCAUACUGUAACACUCUUGUGUGCAUCGUGAAAAUAUCUCUCAAAUGACUUGAACUGACUUUGGAAGUUCUUGAAGGGACGCAGGGAGACGGAGCAUUGUUUGUAUUUGACAAGCAACUGAAGAGAAUCUCUUGUGAUCUGAGGGAGAGAGGGAGAGAGCCUUUCUGCAUGCCUGCCUGCCUGCCUGCAUGCUUGCCUGCCCAGUCUUCCCUUCAUCACGGUGAGGGGACAUAUCGUGUCUCAGCUGCCUGAAUGUAUUGCUGUAUCCAACAUCCCUCUCUCAUCUGACCCUGCUCUCCCCUCUCUCGUACACCUCACACUGGUCUUGUGCACGUUCUCCUUUUCCUUUCUCUCUCAUCUGACCCUGCUCUCCCCUUCCUCAUGUACACCUUACACUGGUGUCAUGCCUUCUCCUUUCUCAUCAGAUCCUGCUCUCCUCUCUCUAAAUCGUACACCUCACACUGGUCUCACACAUUCUCCUUCUCCUUUCUCUCUCAUUUGACCCUGAUAUUCUCUCUCUCAUACACCUCACACUGGUCUCACGCGUUCUCCUUCUCCUUUCUCUCUCAUGUACCCGCCAUCACUCUUUCUCUUCUCUUUCUAAAGAUCUCUUUCUAGGAUUUCUCGCUGAUUGUGUCCAAGCAUGCUACUAUCUGGCGUGUGUGUGUGUGUGUGUGUGUGUGUGUGUGUGUACCUACCUAUGUGCGUGCGUGCGUGCUGGCUGAACACCACUCCGUAUGUGGACUGGACAGGCGGGACUGGAAAUUAUAUGGUCACACCUGAACUAUAAGGUCCAAUCCUUUUCUACCAGAAUGUUACUGUUUUCUACUGUUUAUUAAAUCAAUGCCAUUAACUAAGUAGCACUGCUGAUUCCCACUAAGGCUCAUGUAUUGUUUUACAGUUGCACAUCUUAACUGU